ACUUCUCCUAAGUGCGGGGGUUAUCAGAGGGAGGAGGGAAAGAGUUACUUUUCAAUGAAAACAAAAUGACAUAUAACCCAACAAAGGCACUUGCUUCCCUUAAUAUUGAUAAGAGGAAGAAAAAGGAGAGAAGUACCAAUUUUUCUUCAGGCUCAAACCCUCACUUCUUCACAAGAGAGAAUGAAAGAUGAGCAUUAUUUAAGAAGGAUGAAGUUAGAGAUGUUGACUGCUUCUGUUUUGAACCCCUCUAUUUUGCUCCUCUGCUUCUACUUUCAACCCCUGUAUGGUGCUGGACACUGUUCAUCGUCUCCAUCCUGCAGAGAUUCGUGUAAAGAUUACCUUCCUGCUUCUAAUGAUCAGGUGAAUGAUGAAUUUCCAAAAGAAACCUUCCAUUUUAACUACUCUUUGCCUAACAGUACCAAAAGUUUCCAUAUGAAACUCUUCAAGGGAAAGAGCAAACAAGAAUUCUGUGCUCUCUACAAAGGCAAAGACAGUAGAGUUGUCAUGAACCACACUGAGUUUUGUGAUCCAGUGUUUUCUGAUAGUGAAGUAUCAUUUGUACUCAGAAAUUUAAAAAGCAGUCAUAGUGAUACUUAUAUCUGCUGUCUAGAAAUCCUUCUCCCAGUCUAUCAUUGCUGCAAAGCAACUGAAAGUCAUCUAUACAUUCAAGAGCCUUCAGAAACCUGCUUGGUUUCCAAAUUUACAUCAUGGCUGCUCAUAGGGUUAUCUAUUUUUUCCAUCUUGGCCUGCAUCUGCUGUUUAUUAAGUUGCUGCCUCAGAAAUACGAUAUGCCGGCAUGCCUCCCACAGCUCUCGUGACUACAGCAAUGAAUACAUGUCUAUGGCAGCAGUGAAACACAACUAAAGCCAUGAGCUAGCCUGAGGGGGAGUAGCCAGCCAAUCAACCUUGGCCUGUUCUAAUUGGAGAAGUUCUGCCUGCUGUAGAAACUGCUAUAGAAACUGAGCUAUGUCAUUAUCUGUUGGAUUUUUGUCUAAAACAUUUUGCACUUGUACUUUGCUACUGUCAGUUUUUGGCAAAGAGUAAGUGAUGGGUGAGCGGCAUAGGCAGCUAACAAGUGUUUAACUUUCUCUUCAAGCGUUAUACACUUGCUGUCUUGUUGUUUCUUUUUAUGUGAUCCACUUGUUCUCAAUGGGGUUACACUCUGCCUGAAAGAUCAGGUACGUAGUUUGGGAGUGCUCCUGGAUCCAAAUUUCUCUCUAGUUUCUCAGGUUGAGGCAGUGGCCAGGAGCGCUUUUUAUCCAUUUCAGCUGAUAUGUCAGCUAUGCCCAUUUCUGAAGGUAAAUGUUCUUAAAAUGCUUUUAAAAAUAUACACCUGUUUUCUCAGGCUUUUAAUUAAAAUUAAAUUUAAAAUUGCAUUGUUUUUACCCUGUGAAAUUAUUUUAAUUUAAAUUUUCUAUUGUACUUUAGAUUAUGCACACUGCCUAGUGAUGUAUAUAUCAGGUAGUAUAUAAAUAUAAUAAAUAAAUAAAUUUAUGUA